AUGGCCCACGAUCGCGUCUAUCAGGCGCUCGAGCCCGUCGUAACGGCCCGGUUCACUGAGCUUUGUGCUCAUGGCCAGGUCCCCACGUUCGUCCCAAAUGCGCAGGGGCUGCCCGUCCUUUCGGACUGGACCACCCCUGCCUAUUUCAACGUGGUGUAUCGCGACCUGCUCGCCGACCUUCCCAUGUAUGGUCUUCGCAUACAAACCUUCGCCGCCAAUAAGGCGCAGGCCAUGGCCCAGUCAAUGAGGGCCAAAAGGGAAGUCGUCGCUGCUGCGGACGUCGAAAUGGCCGAUGCCGCUCCCACGGGAGUUGCCGGCCCCGGACCUUCGACCAUCCAGUCUAUGGUGGACAAGGCCGUCGCCGCCCGCAUGAAAAAGCUUGAGAAGCCCGAAGGAAAGGGCAAAGGCAAGGGCAAGGGGAAGGACAACGGCAAGAAGAAGACCUCAAGCUCCUCCAGCAACGCCAAACGACCACCCGAGGUCAAACAGUACGUGCCUCCUCCAGCACGCUUUCUCCCUCGGUCACCUAUCGUUCCUUGGCGCAGCUCCAACAAGAACAGCAAGUCGGGCCCCAAGCGGGGCAACGCAACUGGUUCCAAACGGGGCAAAGGCAAGGGGAAGCGAGGCGGGAAGAAGUAG